AUGGAUUCUCCAGGUAGCCUAGAGCGUGAUGUUUCACCAACUCAUGCCCCGGUGGACAGAGACUGUUCGGCUGCGAUCCCCUCAUCUGAGGAAGCGCACCGCCACACACCGGGCACUUGGAUUUGCACAAAUCAGAACCCCGCGUCAUCGCCACGAGGGGCACAUGGGGCUGAACAUUUUAGUCAAAGGAAACGUGACCACUUCAGUCCUCCGUACAUACUCCAGGGAGGCAGAGAAACCCAACCGUGCUGUGGCAUUGCAGCCGGUGACCAAGAGGAUGGCGAUGGCUUGACACCUCGUCACUGUAGCAGCUUCCGCCAUACGGAGCUCUCCUUUCCUCACUUCACAGGGCCGGACAGCGAAAAAGAACGCAGUCACCACAGCGGGGACCACUCGAGUCAAAACGAAGAGGAGGGCCCGUGCAGUUGCUCAAGCGCACUGGAGAGCCUCAAGGGGUUCACAUGGGGGUGGGGGUGCCAGCGCCGGCCUGCUGCUACGUUUAAGUACUAUUUCGGGGAGCUCAAGUGCGGACUGGCUGUUCCCAUGUCGCAGUUGCCUGCAACGAUGACAUGCGCUAUUGUCGCGAAUGUGCCAGUCGGAGCAGCUCUGAACGGCGCAUGGAUCACGGGUCUCAUUUCUGCUGUGUUCGGAGGUAGUCCGCUCUCUAUAACAACAGUCACCUCCAGCCUGGCGGUGACUCUAGCUAAGGUAACCAGGACGACGUGCGAUGAAUCUACAAACGUCUGUCAUGAAGAGGGCCUCGAAUUCAUCUUUCCUGCUCUGAUUCUUUCGGGUCUCUGCUGCCUCCUACUUGGCUUACUCCGUCUGUCCCGCUUCUCACAGUUCGUACCAAGCGCAACAAUCGUCGGGUAUCUAAAUGCUGUGGCAAUUCUGAACGUCAGAGCGCAGGUCGAAACAUUUCGGUUCGACCCGGUUACGUCGACAGGAUACGAAUGGCUUUGGGUUCUGUUCAUGAUUAUUGUUGUGUUUGGAGUGAUGUUUUCUUGGGAGAAAAUUCCCCAUAUCAGGUUAAAUCGCUUGAUUCCAUCAUCCGUCUUCGCUAUUGGCCUCAGCAGCUUCAUUGAGUUUGUCCUUGUUCGACGCGUCUGCAGUAUGCAGACGAAGACGGUAGCAUCACUGUCUGCAAAGGGAGGGGAUGACUUAUGGCCAAAACCGUUCUUUCUGAAGCAGGAGAACAUCAAGCCGCUUGCCUUCUACAUGCAGCCCUCCAAUUUGGUGACCACGCUCGAACUGACCUUGGCUCUAGUCAUGGUAAACUACAUAUCAACGCUUAUUACAGUCGAUAUGAUGUCCGACAAGGCGGGAAACAUGCCAACCCAGCCAGACCAACAUUUGGUCAGUGUGGGAGCUGCCAACACGGUGGCUUGCUUCCUAGGUGCCCUACCAGGGUCAACAGCUCCAUCGCCUUCACUCCUCAAUCUGAAGGUAGGAGGAAAGGGGCGAGAGUCCGCAGUGUGCUGUGCCCUUGUUAACUUGGCUCUAGUCGGGGCGAGCACGUAUCUGCUGGACUACGUUCCUCUGGGCGGUCUCGCGGGGAUUAUCAUGUAUACCGCGUAUCAUGCUUUUCAGUGGCGUGCUGUCGCGGCUAUGUUUGCUUCCUUUCUCCCGGCUAGACUAAGAGGGAAACACCCAAUUCUUCAACGGAAAAUAUGCAGGAGCGACGCUUUCGUGAUGCUAUUGACAACCGUGAUUGCAGUUUUUGCCGAUAUCGGCUCGGCUAUCCUCUCGGGAGUGUGUAUAUCUGCCUGUGUAUUCGCAUGGAAGAAUAGAUCUCGCCUCACCAUCACUAGCCGUAUCGAUACCGAGUCUGGCAUCAAAUACUACCGUGUGAAGGGCCCAAUUUUUUUUCUUACGAAAAGAAAGCUUCUAAAGUCAUUCGAUAUCGAUCAAGACCCAUCAUCCGUUGUUUUCGAGCUGACAGGCGACGCCUGUCAGCUCUUCGACUUCGGGGCUAUGGAAACCUUAAACACAAUAGUGGCUCGGUACCGGAAAAAAAAUAAACACGUGCGUGUUGUUGGCAUGCAGCGGGGUGACAGAAAAAUGAUAAUUAAAGCAGGGCGCAUGUGCGAAUUUGCCCGGAUUCACAUCGUUGAGAAAACCAUGGAUGAUGGGGACGGACCGUCUCCGAUCCCUCCCAUCACAGAUAUGAUGAAACUUCCCUGCUAA